UCACAUUCGCACACAGUUAACUGAGUUCGUGAAGUGAAAUUAGUGUUGUGAAAAUAUCGUUGCGAUUGCGUUUCUUCACAUCGAAAUGUCAUAAAGCGUUGGUUAAUCAGCGCAAGGCAUCUUUGUAAAAAUACAAUAGCAUCAUUAAAAUUGUGAACAAAAUUUGCUGAACAGUGGUAUCAAAUUAGAUAUACAUAUAUUUCACAGAAGGUAGACAUUUCAGAAUAUUACGCUGCCUCUUGGAUGCGGCAGCGCAUCUUGUUCAUUGGCUGUUUCGAGUGUGUAGCAGCAGCCUACGUUUUCUGCAAUAUUAAACUGAUCAAUUUGUCUUUCCUUGUGCGGUUGAACGACUGAGAGCCAAAUUGCUUUUAAAUAGGUGGAUAUUUGCAAUUUUCGUAAAAAUUAAAAUACAUGCGAAGGAAGAAUGCGCGUUGGUAAGAAAGCUACCGUCGUGGAGGCGAAGAAAACGCGCUCUUGUGUUGUGCGAUUGGAAAAAGUUUCGUCUCCACCAAUAAAAAUAACUAGAAGUAGUGGGAUAAGUCCACGUGGAAACAUACAAAUACUCUCAGAUGAGAAAAAGUUCAAAGGGCCUUUGAAGAAGCGGCCAAUUGCUCAUAGCAGUAGCGCAGCAGCAUCCGGAAGUUCUACUACUCCUAGAUCUUCUCUGACAGCAAAAGCCAAAGAGAUGAAGGAUAAAUUUAAAACUCCUGUGAAAGUUGUGAAAGUUCAGAAAACUGAAAUAGCUAAAGUUGUUGUGCCGGAACCACCUCCAUCCACCAUAGCCACCGGACGCUCAAGAAGAGCAAUUAAGCCGAACCCUAAAUAUGCAAGCGAUGAUAUGGUCACUCCAAAGAUAAUAAGAAACGUGUCGGCUCUUGCUGGAACAUCAUCCAAAAGACCAUUAGCUCUUCCGGAGAAAACCCGUAAAAAGUCAACAAGUAGCUCAGAAGAUUUCUUUAAUAAAGACUCUAGCGACGAUUUUGGUCCCAAUGAUCUGGAUGAUGAGCUAGAUGAAAUGUACAAGGAAAUACAAAAGGAUUCAGAUUCCGAUUUCUCAGAUGACGGUUUAAUGAGAGAUACACCGUUAAAAAGGCGUGGUAGAUCACGGAAAAAUAUGGAGGCCACACCCUCAAGCACACCACAAUCAACACCGCGACCAACGCCACGACCAACGCCACGGCCCACGUCAACGCCACGGCCCACAUCAACGCCACGACCCACAUCAACGCCACGGCCCACAGCAACGCCCGUGCAUAAAGCCCAAGUAUCGCAGCUACAAUUGCUACGGAAAUCGUUUGCAGCCAGCGUGAAUCGUUCGAUUGAGCCAUUAGCAGGAAUCAAACGCGUCCGUAAUGACUCUGUGACCGGUGGCAGCAGCAGUGAUAAUGACGCCGAAGCAGCAAGUGUUGCUCGCAAACGAUUCUUGUUAACAAAGUCGGCGACUGAACGUGACAACAAAAAAUUAAGUACUAAUGACAUUACAAUGAUAGUGCGAAAGGCGAAUCAAACGCUCAAUGGCAGCAAAAUAACGAAAAUAAAAUCGGAAAAUAUGAAUAAAGAACAACCAAAGCGCAAUGCAUCCAUUAUUGAAAAACGUACACUUAUCGAUGGCAAUAGCGUCUCAAUCAGAUUGCAGCAGCAAACUAAAUCUCUUCAGACAAUACGUAAUGCUACUAAUACUGCUCCACCAUCAACAACCGCAACGCGCACUUUGAUAACAAUGCCAGCUAAAACACAAAAUACUCGUGUUUUAGCCGUGGCAAAGCGUCGAAGCGCAUCGCCUGCUCCCCCAAAGGUAGCAAAAGUAGUCAAUGUGGAGGAAGCUCCUGAGAGCAAGCCAGUGCAUGUUCCUCCGAUGACUGUGGAUGACUUCGAGACAAUGCCCACAUUUACAAUCGUAAACAUCAAUGAUAUAAUUAAUAAAAAAGGGGAUGUAUUAAUUUCAAAGACUGGCAAGCCGCAAAAGCCAGAUGAGAGUAUGAAAGUGGAUUACGACUUACCAGAGCAAGGCAACGUAAGUGAACAGAAAGCGGGCCCUGGCCGCCGCAAGCUUUUGGUUACAGAUAAGGCCAGCGAAGUGACUCGUUCAAAGAGCCCUUUAACGACAACAAGGAAACCAGCACAGAAAAUCCUUAAUCAUACACUACUUAAAAGGUCAUCACCAUCGGAGAGUAUUGGACAAAGAAGCAAAGUUAACUCUAGCAUUUCACCUGAUAAACCAGCCCCUCGAAUACUCAAUUCAAUGGUGGCGAAAAAAACUCAGCCGGUUAAGCCGAUGAUUGCUAAUUUUGAGGAUUCGGCAGAUGAUGAAACUUAUCCACUAUCUCUUGACGGUGAUGACGAAGACAAUGAGGAAGACGAAAACGAAAACGAUGUAAAUGAUACAGUCGAAGCGGAGGAAGAUGAGUAUGAUCCGGACGAUCCUUUUCAGACUAGUAAACAUAAGCCUCCUACCAGCACUCCAUACCAAGCAAAGAAGCCGACGCCGCCAGCAAAAGAGAAUUCACUAACAGCACUUAAUCGGAAGCCAGCAAAAAAUGUAGUACAGCGAAAGCCCUCACCGGAAAAAGUGGUGAUAUCACGUCAGGGAGAUAAAAUUAUAAAAAAGAUAACCUGUUUUGAAACGUGGUAUGUCAUCAUGUCCGAAGAAGAAGCGCCAAAAGUAACCCGGAACAUACUCGAUUUACCACUUAUCAAAUUGGCCAACGCAGCGAGCCAUAUCAAACUACCAACCGAAAAUUGGAAGAGUAAAGUAACUCUGCAUGAAUUAUCACCAACACUGAUUGCCAAAUCCAAACUGAUCACCUAUACAGGCGACAUAAGUGAAUAUAACAUCGCAGAACAGGAUCGUGGUCGCUAUCAACCCUCGUGCGUUAUGUUUCGUCGAUCAGUAAAUGAUCGUACGAAAUCGAGACUUCCUUACGAUAGGGCGGUCAUAUUCAAGAAUAGGACUUUCUUCACCAAUAUUGAAGGCAAAAAUGUUAAAUUGGUCGGGGCACCCAGUACGGUAAACUCAGCGAAGGAUGUAGAAAUAAUGCUACAAAUAGUGGAUUCAUUAACAUUGCAAAGUUCAUUUGUUGAGCCAGCAAACACAAUCCAAUAGGCAAAGUUGUCAAA